AUGUUUAAUGUUCAAAAUUUCAACUUAAAACACAGUAUAGGUGUAAAUAUUUCAAGAUGAAGUACUUUUGUUUAAUUCAUAUCGCUAUUUUUUUUUUCCCAAAGAGUUUGGAAUGCAGGAACCAAAAAUUCCAUAAACUUUUCAUGAUUAUUUUCUGACUCUCUGCGGGGACAGUGUGAAGAUUAAGGGGAAGCCAUGGAGUAUACCUACAACAUCUCAGGCACUUAGCAUAACUACUUGGGGCCUCUGAACUCUCAUAGACAGAGAAAAAGGGGUUUACACAGGGCCAGGUCACCAAAUGGCUAGCACAAUGUCAAUUCCACAGAGGAAAGGCUGAGGGAGGGCCAUGUUGGUGUAACCAUUUGGGGACCAGCAUAUAAACAUGUAUCAUUGGGCAGUGCUGAUAUUUUAUGCCAACUGGCUCUGUGGGGUGAUGAACAGAGACUAAGCACCUGGCAUACCUUGGAACUGUCUGAUGACACACAUGUGUGUUUCUAAGGGAGUCAGCCCUCGACGGGGACAGACAGUCAUGGAGGAGGGAAAAGAAGACAUCAAAACCUGCCUUUAUGGGCUUGGAAUAGUCGUUCAUGGCUGCAAUACUAUAGGCAAUCAGGAGGCAGGAGAAGAAGGGAUGCAGAGUAUUCUGGGUUAAAUAUGGUGAAAACAGCAGCUAUUCUCCAGUCCAAAGCCUGAACCCCUUGGCUCCUGUGACUCCCAGCACAUGCCAUUGUCUUUAACCAUGAGAGGAUUUCUAAACAUGAUGAGGCUGAAGGGUAAAGAUAGGCUUGAACUCAGCGGCUGCGGUCAUCCUGUUUGACGCAAUGAGAACCCACUUAUAUACACCAUUUUAAACCAAAAAUACAAAACAAUCAAGAAAACAAAACAGUUUCAAUAAGUCUCAUCUAUAAACUAGGCUUAUACAAGAUGUUUGAGAAUUGUAGGUGAACCUGACCCAAAGAAGUAGACCCUUACCAAAAAAAAAGAAAAAAAGAAAAACUAAAACAGAUAAAACACCAACAAAAAUUGUUACCAGUGCUAAAGUGAUCAUUGAUUCUCAGUUUUUCAUACUAUAAGGAAUUUGUUUAAAUAUGCAACUAUGAAGGGCAAGUACUCGGCAUAGUUCAGCUGGUCAGUAGAACUAGAAACUCACAUUAGAUCUCAGAGCUAAGCGCUUAGGAAUAAUCUCUUCACCUGUAGCUGUUUCUGCAGGGCCAGCUGUCUGCAGUUUCUGCCUCCUCAACUCUCACGUGCAGGUCACACACCCUAAACCCUGCACUGAGACUGGGGUAGGAAUGGAAAGUCCAGUUUCUCCUCACAGUGGCUUUUUGGGAAAUCCCAACAUAGAAGCCCUGCAUCCUUGGCCAGGUGACUUAAACACUCUCUGCUUUCCAUGUGCCUGUGGGAGGAGCUUAAAUAAAUAUCCCAGAUCCAAACGGCAGAUUAAUAAAUGUCAAGGAGAUGGAAUGUGCAUUGUCCACCAACCCAUGAGAUACAGAAAUUCACAUCCUGGGUGUUCACACAGGGACUCAGUUCCUGAGAGCAAAAUUGAUUGACUUAACCCUCAAUCUGUAGCUAAUUCCUUUGGCCCAACCGUGUUCCAUUUCUAUACCUGCAACUCUCUAGGAAGAGCUAAGUAAAACUGGCUAACUCCUUACUACUGUGAUAUGGAUGGAAAGAUCCAAAGUGCAGCUUUUUGCUGUUGAACUUCAUGGCUCCACUGCUGGGUCAUUUAAUCAUCUUAUGUAUUGUAAAACCUUUAGAAAGGAGCUUAAUCAAACCUUCUCGAUUGGAGUUCAUUGCUAGAGGGCGUGGCCAACAAAGGGCAGAACUCUCAAGCCCUGCCCACUUCCUACUGAGCUUUCUAUAAGAAGACUCCAGAUUCUAGAGCUGAGUACCUUUCUCCCUGACCACCUUCAUCACAGUCCGUGCAGGUCUGACGCUCUGGCCUCCAGCUCACAUUCUGGAGCUGCUUGGGUCUAGCACCUAGCCUCUGUCUGUCUUCAUAUUGGACGGCUCCUCACAACUUAAGCUCUCAGAAGUGAAAAACCAGUUUCUCAAGAUGUCCUCAGAUUCCGGAAGAGUUGAGGAAACUGAGGAGCCCCAGAAGGUCGUCCCUGAGCCAUCUAUGGACCAGAGAGAAACACCAGGGGAUCCUGAGCCAGGACUGUGCACCCCUCAGACUUCUCCUGUGGAGACCAGCCAGCUUGUGUCAGCUCAGAGCCAAGUGGCGCCGACCUGUGAUGAAAGAACAGUGACCUCUGAGUCCAGUAGCACAGGUCAGAGCCAUGUAGUGCCCACCCAUCAUGAACCAGCAAUGACAUCUCAAUCUUUGCCACCAAGCUCAAGGGCAAAUCCUGGAAAAGACAGCGAUUUCCAACCUGGAGAGAGAAGUGAGACCGCUGGUUUUCAACAGGCAGGUGCAUCUGCAGACCAGCCCAUCAAGGAGGAGGACCGAGAAACACCUGUCUCUGGGGCCCAGGCCUCCGACUCCAGUCAGAGUGCACCUAGAGCUAGUGAAGACUCUGUACCUAAUCCUGAGGGCCCAGUUCUCAUUUGUGUCCCAGACCCUUGUCUCGAGGGGCUUGUCUUUGAGGAUCCUUAUCGUGGGACUACGUACACAAUUCCACCAGGUGUCAUGAUGGGUGCCCAUGGUCCUCAAAUGUUCUCAUUUCCAUCUAGAAGCAAAGGUGCUCAGAAGAAAGUCCCUGUAGGAAAAAGGGCUGUAAUGGCACAUCCCUCGAGAAAACCCCAGAGAGCCCAGGAAAACUCUGGGCAGCAGGGAGCCUCCCAACUUCAGAAUAUUGGCAUCUCUGAGAGUUCAGCACCCAGUGGACAAGGCAGCCAUGAAACUCAGGUGGCUUCAGGUGGGUCCUCAGUUCCUUCCCACUCACCCUCGGCGUCAAGACGACCUCCAGAAAGUGGUUCAGAUUCCCCAGCGGUCCAGAGAGUGUGUCCCCCAAAGAAGUCAGACCCAGAGGACCAGAGCUCUGUGUCCCAGAAGAAGCCUCACUUGAAGGCCUACCUCUGUACCUACCAAGAUUAUGGGAAACCUUACACCAAGCCUUUACACCUCAGAGACCAUAUGAAGAUACCCAUUGGGGAGAAGUUUUAUGUGCACCAUGUUCCUUGAUGCCCAUGGAAAUUCUCCCCUUAGAUUCUGUCAGCAGACUAGGAGAACCCGCACUGGAUAGAGUCCUACCAGUGCAUCUCCUGUGCCUGGAUGUAUUCCAGAUUGGACUCCUCAAGCAACCUUUGAGAUUUCUUUCCUAAUCAUCAUCCUGUAACCUGACUGCCCGUAAACAGUAUCUUCCCUAAUUAACGUUUAUUUCUUCUGCCCACAACUUUUGAGAACCCCCACUAGAUGCAACUGUUGCUUUUAAAUGCAAUUCUAAUAAAAAUCACUAAUAUGAUAUCACUACCAUAAAAGGUAAGGAUCAAUUAUUUGGUGUAAGUGAAUCUUUUUAACCAUGGGUUUAUUCAAAACAGGGUUUCUGUUUCUAAGUGGAGAAAAGUAGGUUUCAUGGGUGCAAGAGGCAGAUCUGACAGCUGCUAGAUAAGGGGUUGGGUUCUUGAUCAUGGGAAAUCUGAUGGGGAUGUCGUUCAACCAGAAUGCUGAAAGG